AUGGACGACAAAGGAGGAUCGACGCGCACAGAUGGUGUAUACACUACGCCCCAGAAUAGAGGUGGUGUGAUGAACAAACUCUAUCCACCAGGCGAGAAGCCAGGCGUCAAAGGACGCAUGAAGAACCAUUGCAGAAAAUUCUGGUGGUGCGAUCUUCUGGUAUUUGCGAUCAUCGUGUUGAUCAUUGUGUUGCCAAUCAUUUACGUUGCUAUACCAAAGAGAGCACAACGCGAGAUCAACGCUUCGACAAUAGAGGUUCUCUCUCAAGAAGUCACCAAUCCCCACUCAGAUAGUAUCCACCUGAAGCUCGACUCGGUCAUCAGGAGUGACAGCAGUUAUCACCCCAAGAUCGAUGGUUUCCGCGCUGCUCUAUCAAUUGCAGGACAAACACCCUUCUUGUACAUCGACAUUCCCGAGGUUAAAUCCGAGGCAGAGACACCCGUCACCGUUGACCAGGAACUGAAGCUCGCAAACAAAGAUGCCUUUUCAAACUACACCAAGCUCGUCCUAGGCAGCGAGGAAUUCUCAAUCCAUCUCGACGGUAAAACCAACAUCCACCUCAGUGGCCUUCCCACCAUGGACGUCAACUACAACAAGAUUGUUACAAUGAAGGGUCUCAACCGCCUCGCCGGCCUCAACAUCACCGACGUCAGCAUCCUCUCUGGCGACAAACUCCUCGCCGACAAAUCCAACCUCAUCGCCCAAGUCAGCAUCCCCAACCCCUCAGUCAUGACCCUCGACCUCGGCAACGUAACCAUGAACCUGGGCGUCGACGGCAAGCCCAUCGGCUACUGCCUCAUCCCCAACGUCCUCCUUAAGCCCGGCCCCAACACCUUCCCCCUCCAAAGCCACGUCGACCAGCUCUCCAUCCUCGGCCUUAUCCAGUCAAAGUACAAGAACGCAGUCCUACCCCUCCAGAUUUCCGGCAAUUCGAGCGUCAGGAAUGGAGAGCAUCUGGUGUAUUAUGAAGAUGCGAUUAAGAGUAAUGUUAUUAAUCUGGAUUUGAAUGUUGGGCCGGCGCUUGCGGCUGUGGGGAUUAAUGUUACGAGUCUUGGGUCGGGUUAG